AACAUCAAACAUGGAAUCUAUGGAAUCAUCUUUUAUUUUCUUAAAUAUUGUGUCAUUUUUGACAUACGCAUCAAUAUAUAAUCGCAAACAGUCCUUUCUUUUACUUGAUAAUAGACAUAAGUGUUCCCGUAAAGGCUAUAUAGAUAAAUUAUCUGAACAAGGAUUCUACUUUGAUUGGAUGCGCAAAGGAACUAAAAGUGGUAGAUUUAAUUUUGUAUGUUUCCAUUGUCAUAGACGAUGGAAAUGUACGGUUGAGAAUAAAGUAGAUUUAUGGUCUAUGGGUGUCUUUGAGGAAAUUAAUGAGCAUCAAUGUGACACAAAAAUAUCAAUAGAUUAUGAAAAUACUCAUUUAAUAAUUGCAAUAAUCAUGUCUUUUUGCAAAUAUGAUGAACAUUACUUCAAACGAUUUUUUGAAGAACGACCAACAAUGAACAUACAACAAAAUCGUAUUGAUUCCUUUAUAAGUCAUUCUUGUUUCUUUAAGAAAGAUGAGUAUUCUAGAAAUAACCCCAGCUUUUACUUGUAUAAUACUUGUAUGUAUUCCCCUCCUACAUUUAGAUGUACAUGUUGUUUCUUUAAUAUACAAUUACCAUAUUUAAUAUUACAUGGUGGCCCCGGCCAUAUUACAAAACUUCAUAAUAAAUAUUUAAAAGAGAUACAAGAGAAUGAAAUAAAACUCCCGGCAGAUUUUUCAUUGUCGUAUUAUGGUAAUAAAAUAUUUGAAAAUAAUUACACAGAUAAUAACACACUUAGAAAUACAAAGAAUUGGAUUCAUGUAAUACGGCAAAUCUACAAUUAUGCUAAUAUACGUUUAAGUAAAAAUUCCUUUUUAAAUGAUAUAAGCAAUCUUUCUCAUUUAAUAAAUGAGGGUCGACGACAACAAAUAUUGUUGAUGAAGGAGAAGGAUCGACGACAACAAAUGUCGGAGGAGGAGGAGGAGGAGGAGGAGGAGGAGGAGGAGGAAGAAACUGAAACGGAAAGAGCACAUCGACAUCAGCAACAUUUACACCACCACCACUACCACCACCACCGUCGACGGUUGUCCACCAACAGCCGGCGACGGCUAUUGGUGGACAAUCGGCGCCGGUUGUUAAACCGACGUCGAUGUCAUCGACUUCAGCAGUAUUUACACCACCACAAAUGCCGCCGCCACAAUUUUCUUCAGUUCUUCCACAACCCCUAUUGGCCUCGGCCUCGAAACCGUCGACGGUUGUCCACCAACAGCCGACGACGGCUAUUGGUGGACAAUCGGCACCGGUUGUUAAACCGACGUCGAUGUCAUCAAUGCCAUCGACAUCAGCAGCAUUUACACCACCAAAAUCAUCACAAAUUCAACAACAACAAAUUCUUCCACCACCACAAUUUUCUUCUCAAUUUUCUUUUCUAUCAGCCUCGAAACCGUCGACGGUUGUCCACCAACAGCCGGCGACGGCUAUUGGUGGACAAUCGGCGCCGGUUGUUAAACCGACGUCGAUGUCAUCGACUUCAGCAGUAUUUACACCACCACAAAUGCCGCCGCCACAAUUUUCUUCAGUUCUUCCACAACCCCUAUUGGCCUCAGCCUCGAAACCGUCGACGGUUGUCCACCAACAGCCGGCGACGGCUAUUGGUGGACAAUCGGCACCGGUUGUUAAACCGACGUCGAUGUCAUCAAUGCCAUCGACAUCAGCAGCAUUUACACCACCAAAAUCAUCACAAAUUCAACAACAACAAAUUCUUCCACCGCCGCCACAAUUUUCUUCAGUUCUUCCACAACCCCUAUUGGCAUCGGCCUCGAAACCGUCGACGGUUGUCCACCAACAGCCGGCGACGGCUAUUGGUGGACAAUCGGCACCGGUUGUUAAACCGACGUCGAUGUCAUUAA